AUGGGAGGCCCGUUAGUGUACGAUGAUUUUCAAGCGUUGCUUGAGCAGCAAAAGGCCAUUUAUUUGCAACAAAAUAGUCAGCUCGCAAAAUACAAUUCUGGUUUGAUGAUGAAAAUCACGGAUAUGGAGACGAAAGUAAGUGAGUUAAUACAAGAGAAUGUGCAAUUGCGGUCGAGAUUAUCAAUGAGCGAACUUAGGUACCGUGAGAAGGUGAACAAAAUAUUUAAUAUGCUAGAGGAUGGAGUCAUAAGCCGGUUUUCUGAGGUCAGUCAGUUGUUCGAUCGAGUACGAAGAAACCAAGGUCUUGAAGCUGGGAUUCACGGUCAUACUGCUCUAGGUUUGAGCCCGAAGUCGAUUAUGAAAAGGGACAGUAGCAGGAGUCCGAAAUCUACCAAAUCUGUGGAGUUUAGAGGUUCAGAAGUUGAAAGUGAUGUUAAUGUAGACAAUAGCGAGAAGCCAAUUUUCGAGGAUACGAUAGCUGAAGAUAAUCAUGAAAACAGUUCAAAUAGCGUGGAACUGAAUCAAGAUGAAGUAAGGCCUCUGGCUAAGAAAAGGAGGAAAAGCUCGCGUCGGGAAUCGUUAUUUAUCCCUGCAGAUUUUGAGUUCAACAAUGAGAAUCUGGAAAUGGAACUGAAUGACAUAGUAAAUAGGGAAAAUGAAAUCGCAAACUCGCAUAAUAACAAUGAGGAUACUGAAAGGAAAGAUGUCGAAAUGACAGAAACAGCUGUUCCAGCAGUGGUAGAAGCAGAACCAGAAGCAGAAGCAGAAGCACUACCGCUAUCAGAAGCAGCUGAAGCAGCAGAGACAGCAGUAGAAUUAGCAGCAGUUGCCUCAACCACGUCUACUACGCCAUCAACCACACAGUCAGCUACAGACAACAAUGCUGAUGAGGAUGAAUCAUAUAAUUUCACCGCAUCUGUAAUUGAGUAUUCCAUACCGGAGGAAGCGAGUACGCAUGACCAUUCUCAUAUUUUGAUGGAUCUCUCAAAAUCGAAAAUCGAGGUCUACAAUGACAAAGAAGAACCAAGCAACGGAGCUACUGGAGCAGAGGAGUCGACAAGUUUUGUCCAAUGUGCCAUACCUUCUCAAUCUAAGGUAAAGCAUUCCAUGAAGAAUCCAAAAACGAGGCUGAAAGGAAACCAAGAUGAUAUAAUGCCCCAGACAGAAUAUGACGAGGGAUUCGAUAAACGAGAGCGCAGAACUCGAGGCAAAGCAGUGAACUACAAACUUCCGUCUUUGCGUGCCAAGAUGAGAAGACCUACUGAGAAAUUUGUGGAUGCAACUACCGUUACAGAUAUACACGAUUUACAAGUGCAGAGAGCUAAAAAUCAGCACCAACAACGAGAGCAUAGUUCCGACAUUGAUGAGGAAAAGGAUCGACCAAUAAGCAAAUCCGGAAGCAACGAAGGCUUUGAUCCUACCAAUGUGAUGGGGGGAGAAAAGCAAGUUGCAACCCGCUUGGAACAAAAACAUGACAAUAAUGAUAACAAUAAUGAAACCAACAAGAGCAGUACUGAUGUGCCCCCCUCUGGACCCAAUGAGAAAAAGAAGAGUAGUGGCGUAGUCCCAUUACACGAAAUGAAGAUACCACAGAACGUAGGGGUGAAAACAGCGCUGAAGGAGAAGCCUGCUAAUAUAAUGAAGAGGAACACCAAAGAUACUACUAUUGGCCCUAUAAAAGAGAUUAACCAAGCAAAUGAAAGAAUUCUUAAAGAUGUUAGUCCAAAUAAAGUCUUGAAAAAGCAACCACCCGAUUUUGAUUCGAAGCAACAGCAGGUCAGCGAUAUAUCAGGUCCUGACUUAACUGCAUUUGAAAUAAUCGAUGGAAUAUCGCUGAAACAUGUAGCGAAAACACAUCGUGUACGAGCCAAGGAAGAUAUGAGCCGAAAGAGAAAACGUAUCCACGCCAAUGAGCCCAGUAUCUGA